AUGAUUCAGAGCGUCGAUGUUCCUCCUGUAUCCGACCCCGAGAAUCCACAAGAGAAGGGCAUUGCUAGCCGGGAUGCAUCUCUGGCCGAAGACGAGAAGAAGUAUGACGCCACACCUGCCUACAGGCAGGAUGCUUUUGGCGAUGAGUCGAAUGCGGAGGUCAAAUAUAAAGUCAUGAAGUGGUGGCAAUGUGGUCUGCUCAUGGUUGCCGAAACUGUCUCGCUCGGUGUUCUGUCGCUGCCUGCUGCUGUCGCUGGCCUGGGCCUGGUUCCUUCUGUCAUUCUUCUGGUCAGUCUCGGCAUCGUCUCAACCUACACCGGAUACGUUCUUGGGCAGUUCAAACUCAAGGUACCGUGGGUUGCUAACAUGGGCGAUGCCGGCGAGGUGGUCUUUGGCAGUUGGGGCCGUGAGAUUCUUGGAGCAGCCCAGGUGCUAUUCCUGGUCUUCGUCAUGGCUAGUCAUCUCCUCACCUUUGUCAUUGCCAUGAACACGAUCACGGGUCACGGGACCUGUUCAAUUGUGUUCGGUGUUGUGGGCAUGGUUGUUUCGUUCAUCCUGUCCUUGCCGCGGACGCUGGCGAAGAUGUCCUGGCUCUCUCUAGUUUCUUUUACCAGCAUUAUUUCCGCGGUGAUCAUUUGUAUGAUCGGCGUAAUUAUAAAGCAUCCGGGUGGAAAGGUCAUGGCAACUGUCGACACGGACUUGGUCCAUGGGUUCUCUGCCGUCACUAACAUCGUCUUUGCUUUCUCCGGGCACGCAGCCUAUUUCGGUCUCAUGGCCGAAUUGAAAGAUCCUCGCGACUUCCCCAAGGCCCUGAUGCUGCUGCAGAGCGUCGAUGUCUGCCUUUACAUCAUCGCCGCCAUCGUCAUCUACAUCUACGGCGGUGCCUCAGUGCCUUCGCCAGCUCUCGGGUCAGCCUCAGUUUUAGUCUCCAAGGUUGCCUACGGCAUCGCCUUGCCUACUAUCAUCAUCGCCGGCGUCAUUAACGGCCACGUUGCUUUUAAAUACGUCUACAUCCGCAUCUUUCAGGGGACCUCAAGAAUUCAUCAAAGGGACUGGGUGGCCGUGAGCUCCUGGGUCGCCAUCGCGCUCUCCCUCUGGAUCGUCGCCUGGAUCAUCGCUGAAGCCAUUCCGGUCUUCAGCAAUCUGUUGAGCUUGAUCACUGCCCUCUUCGCCUCCUGGUUCACCUAUGGCCUCAGCGGUAUUUUCUGGCUCUACCUCAACAAGGGCAAGUACUUGUCCUCCCCGCGCAAGAUGUUCCUGACAGUCGUCAAUCUCUUCUGCGUGGUCUUUGCUGCCGUGCUCUGUGGUCUGGGCUUGUACGUCUCCGGAAAGGCGAUACAUGAUAACCCCAGCAGUGCGAGCUUUUCGUGCGCCAAUAAUGCUUAA